UAUGGGCUGCAGAGUCGAAGGUGUCUCCUCCCUCCGUGCUGAACUAAAUGUACCCUUCCUAUUCUGAGGUGUCAUUUCUCUGGCUGGACGCACUCUGCUCUGCUCCACUCCAGGGAGAACGGGGAUCUAUUUUUAGCCCUUCUAGGAAGGGUGUUUGACCGCACUCUUCUGUACCUAGGAAAACCAUGGGCCGUACAUAAAGUAUAGUAUCUGUCCGUUGAGACUGAAAUGUUGGUAAUAAGCCGAGGAUAGAUGAAUUUGUGGCAUUUACACCCUUUCUUAAAGAGUCCUGGAGCAGAAUUUUCCACGGUGAGCUUUUGUGGGUCAACAUGUAAACAGAUGUUACGCAGUUGAGAACUGAAAUGAGUCAGCCAUUAGCUUGUUUACUUUCUUCCUAUUUGACCAAUGAAGUUAAAGGUUUUCUGAUGUUGGUACUAAUCCUUAGUUUGUCUCUGUGCUGAAUGUGUAUGUGCUAAACAAUAUUAAAACAAAUUAACAGGGAGCUGUGAGAUAGCGACAACAAAUGUGAGCGUUGUUGACAGACAUGAAUCUUAGCUGAUUGGUUAGUUCAUCUGCCUGUGAUUUUCUUUGAACAUCAGAAUUCUAUAUUUGCGGUUGACACUAUUGUAAUGACAUGCUGAGGUUACUUUUACUUUGGAUCAUUUCUUUUACACUUGGAGUUGGUGUUAGCUGCUCUCCAGCUACAUCUUAGCUCUUAAGGAGGGAUUUUUAUACAUUCUUUAGGUAAUUCGUGAGCGUAAUUAUCUUGUUUUGAAGGUUUGGCCAUAGAACCCUACGCAUGUCACUGUGAGAUUGUCCUCGGAAGACGCCAAACCCAAUGAUUAUCUUGUAUACUCUAACACGCACUCUAACACAUGAGUCAUUUAACAGUAUGUACGUGUGUGCAUGUGUGUGUGUAGCAGGCGUGUCUGUGAGCUGAGACACAUUCUUAGUCUCCCACUAAGGGGAUAUCUAAAUGAUGACUAAUUAUUUCAUGUCACACUUGCAAAUUACAGUAUUUAUAAUUAUGGACUUGCACCCAGAGUCACACCAAAUUAACACUGACGUAAGAUGUUUAAGGAAAAGUCUUUUGGAUGAGAGAUCUCUUUUAUACGUGAGCGAGCGCUCAGGAAACCACACCGCUAAUGAUUCAUCAAGCUGAUUACAGUAUUGGCCAUAUAAACCGGAGGACCCAGUUUGAGAACCCGGUUCUGGAGGCCAAGCGAAGGGUCCAGCAGCAGCAGCAGAUGCAAAGCCAGGGCCUGUCCUCGCUGCCCCUGCCCACCAUCUACAGAGAGAAGCCCCUGUUCACACGGGACGCCACCCAGCUGAAGGGCAGCUUCCUGUCCACGGCGCUCCAGAAGAGCAACAUGGGCUUCGGCUUCACCAUCAUCGGUGGGGACGAGCCCGAUGAGUUCCUGCAGGUGAAGAGCGUCAUACCCGACGGCCCUGCUGCAGCCGACGGCAAGAUGGCCACAGGUGAUGUCAUCGUGUACAUCAACGACGUAUGCGUCCUGGGCACCACUCAUGCCGACGUGGUCAAGCUCUUCCAGUCGGUGCCCAUCGGGCAGAGCGUCACGUUGGUCCUGUGCCGCGGGUACCCGCUGCCCUACGACCCCGAGGACCCCGGGAUCAACAGCGCCAUCAUCUCCCCCCUGGGCCUCAUAGAACAGCGCCCCCUGAUUGUCAACGGCCGCAGCAACUACGACAGCUACAUGGACUACAUCUCCCGGACGGCACGCUUCGUCCAGGAGCACGGCAGCGACCCGAUGGGCGUGGCCCAGCAGCAGCAGCUCCACCCGCACCCCCACCCGGGCGACACCCACCUGGACGGCUCGCUCCAGCCCGCCGCCGCGCACGAGGACAGCGUUUCCAUGGCGUCGUCGGGGGCGACGCAGGCGGAACUUCUGAGCCUGACCAUGGUGAAGGGGGCAGAGGGGUUCGGGUUCACCAUCGCCGACAGCUCCACGGGCCAGAGGGUGAAGCAGGUGCUGGAGCCCCAGGGCUGCCCGGGCCUGUGCGAGGGCGACCUGAUCGUGGAGAUCAACCAGCAGGGAGUGCAUGGCCUCACGCACACCCAGGUGGUGGAGCUGCUGAAGGAGUGUGCCGUGGGCGCCGAGACCUGCCUGGUGGUGCAGAGGGGCGGAGGAGGUCACUAUUCUCCCUGGAAGACCCCUAAACAGGUGCUGGAGCAGUGGGACAUCCAGCAGGGCCAGGGCAGUCCCCAGACCAGCCUGUCUGCCCCUGUUGUCCCCCUCAGCGCCCCCUUCCCAAACCACCACCUGCACAGGGCCUCAGUGCCAGACUCAGCCGAGGCCUUCGGCCUGCCCAAGCCCGACCCCUAUGACCUCUAUGAGAAGUCCAGGGCUAUCUAUGAGAGUAGGCAACCUGGCCAACCACGGACUCCCUUCCCAGGGGACGGCCCAGGUGCUGAGUACCAGGAGGUGGAGGUCCACCUGCGCAGGCAAAAGUCCGGUUUUGGCUUCCGUAUCCUGGGGGGGGAUGAGGCAGGGCAGCCUGUGAGUCCGGACACGCGUGAGAAGAUCCUGAUUGGGGCGAUCAUCGAGAAGAGUCCAGCGGACCGCGAUGGUCGCCUGCGGCCGGGAGACGAGCUGAUCUUCGUCGACGGCAUCCCCGUGGCAGGGAAGCCGCAUCGCUACGUCAUCGACCUGAUGCACGGAGCAGCCCGCAACGGCCAGGUCAACCUCACCAUCCGGAGGAGACUACAGGCGCCAGGUGAGAGCUGUCCCGAGAACGGCCGCAGCCCCGGCUCCAUCUCCACCCAGCACAGCUCCCCUCGCAGCGACUUCACCUCGGGGACCUACCCCAACAACGCUGGCCUUGCCCCUCCCAACGCCAGCACCGGCAACGCCCCCUCGGAGGGCAGCGCGGCGCCCAACGCGCAGCCCAGUGACGUCAUCAUCCACCGCAAGGAGAGCGAGGGGUUCGGAUUUGUAAUCAUCAGCUCGCUCAACAGGCCCGAGGCUCCGUCCGCUGUCGCCGUGCCGCACAAGAUCGGACGCAUCAUCGAGGGCAGUCCAGCGGACCGCUGCGCCAAGCUGAAGGUGGGCGACCGCAUCCUGGCCGUCAACAGCCAGUCCAUCGUCAACAUGCCGCACGCCGACAUCGUCAAGCUGAUCAAGGACGCGGGCCUCAGCGUCACUCUGAAGAUCAUCCCACAGGACGACCUUAGUAGCACUCCCUCGGCCCCCAACUCAGAGAAGCAGAGCCCCUUGACCCAGCAGCAUAGCCCCCAGACCCAGCCCAGCCCCGGAGUCUCCCAGCCCAGCCCAGCUGUGACCGAGGCCAGCCAGCCAGCCAGCCAGCCCAGCCCCAUGGUCACCCAGCCCAGCCCCAUGGUCACCCAGCCCAGUCCCAUGACCCACCAGAGCCCUGCCAGCACCCAGCCUGUGGCUCCCCCGCCCCAAAUCUACACCCACGACAGCAGUUACAGAUCAGAGGUCAAAGCCAGACAGGAUGUGAAACCAGACAUUCGGCAGCCUCCGUUUACCGACUACCGACAGCCUCCGGUGGAUUACAGACACCCACCGGUAGCGGACUACCGCCAGCCGCCCACACUGGACUACAGACACCCCCCUCUGAUGGACUACAGACAGCUGUCCACAGACCCCAGGCAGUUUCCCAUGCCUGACUACAGACAGCCACAGAUACAACUACAGGACUUUGACUUUUUCACUGUGGAGCUGGAGAAGAGCAUGAAGGGCUUUGGCUUCAGCAUCCGUGGGGGGCGGGAGUACAAGAUGGACCUUUUUGUCCUGCGAUUGGCGGAAGACGGUCCUGCCAUCCGCAACGGGCGAAUGAGAGUGGGAGACCAGAUCAUAGAGAUCAACGGUGAGACCACCAGAGACAUGACUCACGCCCGGGCCAUCGAGCUCAUCAAAUCAGGGGGGCGUCGUGUUCGUCUGCUCCUGAAGAGGGGCACAGGGCAGGUCCCAGAAUAUGACAGUCCCUCCCCUUGGGAUGCUCACCCUACAGCCUCCCCAAGCCUGUCGGAAGUAGCCCUGCCCCUUGACAGCCUGUCCAUGCCAUCGCCAUCAUCUCAUCUGACCCCGUCCUCAGACCCGGCUCACCAGGCGCCCCUGGAGGUUCAGCGGGAUCCUGCCGGGCCGACGAUGCCAGAGAGCAAGACGGAGCGCUCCCAGAGCCCCUGCAAGGCCGAGCCGCUAAAUCCGAAUAAGACCGGUCAGGGGAGGAGGGCGGCCGGCCCGCCCAAUGGGAGCAGCCGGGCCAAGCAGAAGGAGGGUGGCAGGUCCACCCGCCGAGGCAGCGGUCCGAAGGGUCAGCCCGCCACCGAGGGGGGGCUAGGGGGGAGGGGAGGGGGGAGGGGAGGGGAGCAGCCGGGGGAGCCCAGGCCCUCCAAGAGCUCUAGGGGGAGAUCCAAGGAGAGGAAGGCCGGAGAGAGCAGCCACCUCACUGGGAAGAAAGAGCUCACCCAGUCCCCUAAAGGCUCCAAGCCCUCACACACUAACUCGAAUGGGAGCAGUGGUGGAGCCCAGAGCAGCAGCCACCCAGAGAGCAGUGCAGCACAGCAUGGAGAGUUGGCCCAGGAGAAUCCCUGGACCAGGGAGCCCGAGAGGAGCCAGGGAGAGAGCCGGUCCUGCCACCCCAGCAAGAGCACCAGCAGCGGGGGCAGCGGCGGCAGCGGACCAGGGAGGAAGGUCACCGUCUCUCCUGGGCCCUGGAAGAUCCCCGGGUCUGAUAAGCUGCCAAGCACACUGCGCUCUGGCACAUCCACUCUGAGCAGAUAACAGCGUGGCUGGCCCCCCUUGCUAAAGGCCAGGCUAGGUCACACCUCUCUGGGCCCCCCCACUGUCUCUCCCUCUCUGCCCUGGUCUCCCCCCAGACCUCAAGAGCGAGGGGGGGGGGGAUCUCUCCAUGCGUUUUUAGAGAACCAUUUUUAUUUAUAUUGUUGUACUCUAAAUUAUUUUGAGAGAUAUUUUACACCCACCACCUUAAGAGCUGGAAGAGCAUCAACUUUGAAUAGAAAACAAAGAAAAUAUAGAAGAAAAAACAAGCAGAAUGUGUGUAGCAUGGUAGGGUUCUCUGGUUGUAGUGCGGGGUGUCUGAACACAGGAACUUCUUUUAGAAGUGCUAAAUCACCCACCCACCCACCCCCAUCCCCUCAACCCCCCCCCCCCCCCCCAGGCAAGCAUGAAAAACCAAAAGACCUCCAUGCAAAUCUAACCACUGAUGGUUAAACCACGGUCAGUUGCCACUGCAGUUUUUUUAAUACAGUAGGUAUGUCUAUAUAUACAACGAAGUCUAUUUUAAUGAAAAGGAAUGUGGAAGACUGCUUGCCUGUUUUUGAAGAGAGAGAGAGAGACAUGACAAACUAGGUGACAUGAGUACUUACUAAGCAUCUGUGGAACUUUGCCUUAAAACGAGACUGAACCAGAACUGAAUAUCUUGUAUAUUCUAUCAGAAGAUAUGGAAAUAUAGAUAUAUAUUAUAUGAGUGUGAAUAUGUGGGACGUUGUGUAAAUAAGAUCACCUGUAAACAUACCUUGAUGGGUUGAUGGUAGUUUUGCAACUUGGCGUGUGCUAGCUAAAAUGAGCUAAGGAACACAGAGUUCAUCAUCACAUUCUUCUCUUCAUUCUCCUGUCCAGACCUUGAUUACAUCGUGUGUGUGUGUGUGUGUGUAUGGAUCCACUUCACAACGACUGACUGUUGUGGACUGCAGUGGAGAAUGCAGUGGACGCUCCAUUUGAGCUUGAGCUAUCAGUCUGUGGCUGCGUCACAAGCCAUUUCCCUCACUGUGCUUCACAAACAAAGCAAUUUACAGAUGUUUGUUUCAGUGGACGCCUGAAGAAGUGAAGGCUCAUGGGACAUUGGGGCAGCGUGCCUUACGACUGGAAAGGGGCACAAAUGAUAGAGGGGUUCGAUAGAGGCUGCUAUCUCAUUACCGUCAGUAUCCAGCUACAUGGUACCAUGAAGUACAUUUAUGUCCUGUGUUUUUUUUGUUUGUUUUUUUCACUUUAAUGAGUACAGUCUCCAGCCCCACCGAUGGCACAGUGUUUAUUUUGUGACAAACCAAGCUGUGCAAUUUGAGACAGAUUGAAGGCCUGUCGCAGUUCCCAUUGAGUUAUGUUGGUGUUUGUUGCAGAGCUGUUUAUGGACCUUAAUGUGGAAACAAUGUGUCAGCACAUCUCAGACAAGAUGGUGUCAAGUAUCUGCACUGAACUGAAAGUAUGGAAGUUAAAAUGAAAUAAAAACAAUAAAUACAAAAAAAGACAUUAGUAAUUUUAGUGCGGCUAUUGUUAGAUUGAGACUCAGUCCCGGUUGUCAGAAGAAAAUCCAUAGCUCACAUCUGUCUAUCAGUGUGUAACUUUACCUAAUGAUCCCAGUUUACAGAAGAAAUUCUCUCAUCUUCUUUCAUCUCUACAUAUGCAUGUACGCCAGUCUAGAAACAAAUUCUCUAUAUUUGUUCAGGCUCGGCUUAAGUGAUUCUGACUUCUCAGUCGGCGACAGUCAUUUGUGUAUGUCUCUCUCCUAGACUGCUUACCAAUUACCUUUUAUCAACUUUUCUGACAGUUUAGUGCCAUCAAGGCCCAAUCUCUUCCCCUUAUAGUCAACACACAUCCUGCUGAGUCACAUUGUCUGUGCGAUGACUAAGCCUCAGGCUAAUUCAUCUGUCGCUCUUAGGAACCCAAUGUGCACAGAAACAAGGGAAGACUACAGUGAUCUGGCCGUUAUGACCUGAGAUAACCUCUCUGAUGGGAAGGGAGGAAAAAUCACUGGGGAGUAAUCACACCUUUCUCCUCUUUUUUGAUGCCGAUUCUAAUUUUCAUCACAUCAUUCUUAUGAUCACACUCAAUAACUUUCAAUCAAUCGAUCUCUCUCUCUUUCUCUCUCUCUAUAUAUAUAUUAUAAAUAUAUAUUUAUCUUCAUCUAUCCCCCUCUCUAUCUAUAUAUCUCUAUCUAUCUUUGCCUGGAGAAUGAGGAAGGGGAGUAAUUCAGUGAGCCAAUGUAAUCAGUAAUUACACGAGGAAUAAGAUCAAAGCACAAUCUCAUACAGAGGAUUGGCAAGAACAUUUGUGCUCUGGAUGAACAGGUAGCAGCUUUAGGCUUCAAUGGACCAAUUCUUCUUACUGUGAGGGCCACAGGUGUCUAAUGGGGUCAGAACAUGGAGCACCCAGCCCCUAGACUCUGCCUUCUCCCCUGUCUGGGACAUGAAGAAGAGAGAGGCGUGUCCUUCCUCUCUCCACAGUCCACCACUGUCCUCCACUGAGCUGUCUCCAUCAGGCCAACCACAACAUCACGUUAUGGGAAUCAAAGAGAUCGAUGUGUACACAUAUAUAUUAUCUGCAAAGUGAGUGUGUUGAAGACGGCACUUAUGUGACCCCUAUCCCCCCCCCCACACUCCUCCUAGCAGCUGGGUAUCACUGUGUAGUGUUAGCGCUGUGUUGAUCUUGUACAGCUGUCUCUCUAUGUAUUACUGAUAGUCACAAAGACUGUAAGUGAGCAACUAUUUUUAUGAAAUGCAACACUAUGGAUAUAUUAACUUUUGCAGAAAUCUUGUUUACUGUAUGAUAUUCUGAAAUGCUGUCAAAUAAAAUCUUGACGCAGUGUAAAAG